AUGGCUGCAGACGUCACGGCUCCGGCUGGGAGCGAGGCGGAACGAUGGAAGUAUAUUGACAGAAUCCGCAAGGUCGCGGGCCCCUACACCGACUCUGACGGCAUCUCGGAAGAAUCUCUCGAAAUGUUUCGCGACUUUAAAGUCUUAGUCAUUGGCGCUGGUGGUUUAGGAUGCGAAAUCCUCAAGAAUCUCGCCAUGUCCCAAUUCAAAAAUAUUCAUGUCAUCGAUAUGGACACGAUUGACAUCUCCAACCUCAACCGCCAGUUCCUCUUCCGCACCGACGACGUCGGCAAGUACAAGGCCGAAGUCGCCGCGCGCUUCGUUGAGCGACGCGUGCGCGGCGUCUCAAUCACGCCGCACGCCGCCCGCAUCCAGGACUUUGACGCCGACUUCUACCGCCAGUUCCAGCUCGUCGUGUGCGGGCUCGACAGCGUCGAGGCCCGGCGCUGGAUCAACGCCAUGCUCGUGUCCAUCGCCGAGUCCGCCGACGAUGCCGAUGCCAUCAAGCCCCUCGUCGACGGCGGUACCGAGGGCUUCCGCGGCCAGGCCCGCGUCGUCGUGCCCACCAUGACCUCGUGCAUCGAGUGCCAGCUCGACAUGCACGCCCCGCGCGCCGCCGUCCCCCUCUGCACCAUCGCCUCCGUGCCCCGACAGCCCGAGCACUGCGUCGAGUGGGCGCACGUCAUCGCCUGGGACCGCGAGCAGCCCUUCGCCGACCAGGCCCUCGACAAGGACGACCCCGUCCACGUCACCUGGCUCUACCAAAAGGCCCUCGCCCGCGCCCAGGAGUUCGGCAUCCCGGGCGUCACCUACGCCCUCACCCAGGGCACCAUCAAGAACAUCAUCCCCGCCAUCGCCUCCACCAACGCCAUCGUCGCCGCCGCCUGCUGCAACGAGGCCUUCAAGAUCGCCACCUCCACCGCCCCCUGCCUCGGCCUCGACAACAACUACAUGAUGUACUCGGGCAACGACUCCGUCUACACCUACACCUUCCGCCACGAGAAGAAGCCCGACUGCCCCGUCUGCGGCAACGACCCCCGCCCCCUCCCCGUCGACCCGGCCUCCACCCUCCAGGAGCUCGUCGACUCCCUCGCCCUCCGCCCCGAGGCCCAGCUCAAGCGGCCCUCCAUCCGCGGCGAGGGCAAGACCCUCUACAUGCAGGUCCCCGAGGCCCUCGAGCGCCAGACGCGGCCGAACCUGCAAAAGACGAUUGCCGAUCUCGGGCUGGAGAACGGGCAGCGGCUAGUCGUCACGGACCCCGCGUACCCGGUCGAGUUUCACUUUUUCCUCAAGUUUACGACAUAG